CGCAAAACUGUCCCGCACACUCUUUACUCGUCUUGUGUGACUGUCACAGGUGACUGUCCUUUUAUUUUUUACUCUUGGACUACAGACUACUCACUAUUAAAGUCUAGUAGUCUCGGAUUAAUAAUAAUGGAUUUAAUCACAGGAUUUAAUUUUCAAUUUCACUGAUUGAGUUUCAAGAAAAUAAUAAGUGGUUUUCCUCUAACCUCCAACUGUACGAGUGAACAACGUCUAUUUCAAAACAUUCAAAGAUGGUUCGAAAAUGUUGAUUUGCUCAAAUUUGUUAAGAGCCUUGUCUCGCAAAUCCAAAACCCAGAUUCUUCGACAAAAUUCCUCCACAAUAUUUGCCCUUUCCUCAGGACUGGGCAAAUGUGGGGUCGCAGUAAUUCGAGUAUCGGGCCCAGAGGCCGGAACUGCUAUCAGCAAACUGACUACUCUGAAGGAACUUCCUCAGCCUCGCACUGUUGUAUUGAGAAGCAUCAAGCACCCAACCUCAAACGAACUUAUCGACAAAGGGCUUAUUUUGUGGCUACCAGGUCAACUCGCAGUCCAAGGAGCUUCACUGGUGAAGACAGUUCUGAGUUUCACGUCCACGGUGGUGUUGCAGUUAUUAAUGGACUGCUGGACGCUUUGGCAAGCAUGCCCAAAUUCAAGUUGGCGGAGCCCGGAGAAUUUACACGUCGAGCGUUUUCAAAUGGAAAAUUAGACCUUACAGAGGUCGAAGGACUGGCCGAUUUGCUGCAAGCUGAAACAGAAGCUCAGAGGAAACAGGCACUGUUACAAGCAGAUGGAUCCCUUAGCAAGUUGUAUGAAAACUGGAGGCAUGUUUUGAAACAUUCUGUGGCUAAUCUUGAGGCGCAUAUUGACUUCGAGGAAACGGAAACUUUAGAGGAUGGCCUUGUUGAUAACGUUGUUAAAAACAUAGAAGUACUUUCCGCCGAUAUAAACAAACAUAUGAGGGACGGCCGGAAAGGGGAGAUUUUACGACGUGGUGUAAAGGCUGUUAUUCUUGGAGAGCCAAAUGUAGGUAAAAGCAGCCUGUUGAAUCUGCUGUGCCAGAGGCCUGCCUCUAUCGUGACUCCCAUCUCUGGAACUACCCGGGAUGUGAUUCAAGUCACGCUAAACAUCAAAGGGUAUCCAUUGGUUUUAUCCGACACUGCUGGGCUUCGGAAAGAUUCGCAGGACGUCAUUGAAUUGGAGGGAAUGUCGAGGGCAGUUGAUAUCUAUCAGAAGGCGGACUUAGUCAUUUUAGUUAUAGAUUUUCAAAACUAUUCCAACUGGUGCCACCGCCAUGCCGCUGACUUCAAAACCUACAUCCCGCAUUACAUCAAAGAAUUGGGCGUUUCAGACCUAAUAAAUGACCCAAAGGACGGUCAGACUAUGUUCAAGAAAGAGUGUGUAGUGGUGUUGAAUAAAACAGAUUUGGAUAGCAAAGCCGUUUGCGACAAAAUCCAUAAAAACAUUGUAAAGUUAUCGUGCAAAACGGAAGCGGGCAUUUCGGACUUAGUGACUGUUCUGGCUCAACAUCUGAAAAUCUUAUGCGGUGAACCAUCGCAGGAGCAUCCAAGUAUGAACCAAGUGAGACAUCGGGAGCAACUGCUGAAAUGCCAAAAACACUUGCAAUCAUUUCUAGAACACGCCUCAAAAAAUAAACCGGAUUUGGUGAUAAUGGCCGAGCAUCUUCGCAAAGCCCUCACAAGUCUGGGGAAGCUCAUUGGCACGGUUACAUCCGAAGAAAUCCUCGAUCUUAUCUUCAGAGAGUUCUGUAUAGGCAAAUAGUCAAUAAACAAACAGUUUUAUUCACAA